AUGCCAAUGGAAGCCGAACUAAGCGCUGAAAUUGCUGCGAUUGGGGACAAGAUACGCCAUCUCAAGGCAGCAAACGAUGGAGGGAAAGCGUCUGAUGAGAUUAAGACGCUUGUAGCGCAGUUAUUGACACUCAAGACGCAGUUUAAAGACGUGACAGGGAAAGCAUUUGAUCCACCGCGUAAGAGUAAAAAGACGCCAUUACAGCCGGAAAAACCAUCCCAAACAGCGGAAAAAUCAAAGAAAGAGCUGAAUAAAGAGCGUAAGAAAGCACACAAGAAUGCAGUCAAAGCUGGUGUCGUAGACAAGUCACAAGCUACAGCUACAGCAGCAGGAACAGGAGCAGGAGCUGGCGUUGUUUGUGCUGUUCCUAUUGGUACUGCUACUGUGAAAGCAGAUAAAAGUGAGAGUAACAAGAUACUGAAGAAGGCUGUACAUGGAGGUAUGGAGCUACCUAUUCCUGAUUCCAUGGAAGACAAUGGUGUGAUUGUAUUUUCAAGUGCUGGUCAAUUACCUCGUGCUAGUUAUGUUGUGGCACAGCUUAUCAAUUAUACACCUGGUUUUCGUAAUUAUGGUCGUAAUACAUUGAGCUCUGCUCUUGUGCCGACACUGACGUUAUUAGAUGGCCGUAUUGUGUCGGGCGACUUUGCUAUUGCACGGUAUUUGGCUCGCAUCAAGCCAGAAUUGGGUUUAUACGGCGUAGCAGCAAAAGAUGCAUUAGCUACGAAAGCCGCUGUACCACCUUCGCAAAUUGAUGCAUGGCUUGAUUUCGCUCUUACUCGUCUUGGUGCUACUAUGGAAGAUGAUGGAGGAUUACAGAUUCUGGAUCGUGUGCUUAAGACACAGACUUUUAUUGUAGGUCACGCUUUGUCUCUUGCGGAUAUUGGUGUCUGGGCAAGCAUCUCUCCACUGCAGAAGAAGCUAGAUCUAUCGCCAUAUUUGAACGUCACUCGCUGGUUGGCGCACUUGGAAGCGUAUCAAUCACUGUUUGCUAAGGUUGACGGCUCACUGAAGGCCCUUAAACCUAUUAAAGCGCCUGCUUUCGUUGGACCUGUGGAGAAGACGAAGGAUAUGGGAACCUGUCCACCUCUAAAGGAUGCUGUAGAUGGACAGGUCGUGACGCGUUUUCCACCAGAGCCUUCUGGAUAUCUGCACAUCGGCCACAUUAAGGCUUGUAUGCUGAACAAUUACUAUGCACGCCGCUACCAUGGCAAACUCAUUGUGCGUUUCGAUGACACAAACCCGAGCAAGGAGAAGGACGAAUUUGAGCAGAGUAUUAUCGCAGACUUGAAGCGCAUUGAUAUCGUGCCAGAUGUAGUGACCUACACAUCGGACUAUUUUCCGAAGAUCGCGGAUUUUGCUCGUCAAAUGAUCUGCGAGGGCAACGCGUAUAUGGACAACACGGCGCAAGAGCAAAUGCGAGAAGAGCGUAUGGAAGGCAUUAACUCAAAGUGCCGCGACCAGACUCCGGAAGAGAAUUUAGCGCUAUUUGAAAAGAUGCUGAAAAAUGCGCCUGAUGCUCAGGGCUACUGCAUGCGGGGCAAGAUCGAUAUGCAGGCCAAGAACAAGACGAUGUGUGACCCUGUGUUUUAUCGUUUGAACCCGACGCCGCACCACCGCACAGGAACCAAGUAUCAGGCGUACCCGACGUAUGAUCUUGCGUGCCCUAUUGUGGACUCUUUGGAGGGUGUGACCCACGCGCUGCGUACGACGGAGUACAACGAUCGUGAUUUCCAGUACCAAUGGGUUCUUGACACGCUUCAAUUGCGCAAGGUGAUCAUCCAGAGUUUUGCUCGAAUGAACUUUGUGUAUUCGGUGCUAUCGAAGCGGAAGCUGCAGUGGUUCGUGGACAACGGCCACGUCGAGGGCUGGACAGACCCGCGUUUUCCGACGGUGCAAGGUGUGCUGCGUCGCGGUGUGCAGGUGGAAGCGUUGCGCGAGUUCAUUCUAAGCCAGGGUGCUUCACGUCGUAUAACUGACAUGGAGUGGGACAAGUUUUGGACGCUUAACAAGCGCGUAUUAGAUCCAAUUGCUCCGCGUUACUUUGCUAUUGCCAAGGAGUCGUCAGUACGACUUACACUGACGAAUGUGUCGAGUGAGGUAAUUGGAAUCCCAGUGGCCCGUCAUCCAAAAGACCCGUCCAUGGGAAACAAGAUGGUACGCUUUUGCAGCAAGCUACUGCUUGAGCGUGACGACGUAGCAAACUUUGUCGUGGGUGAGGAGGUGACUUUGAUGCGUCACGGCAACAUGAUUGUGAAGAAGGUGAACAAGACUGCGGACGGUACGAUCACGAGUGUCGAGGCGGAGGAUUAUCCGAAAGGUGAUUUCAAGAAGACAAAGCUCAAAGUCACGUGGUUGGCUGAUGUGCCGGAUCUAGUGCCAUUGACAUUGGUGGAGUUUGAUCAUUUGCUUAACAAGCCCAAGCUGGAAGAAGGUGAUAACUUUUACGAUUAUCUCACGGAGACAACACGUGCUGAAAUGCACGCAGUGGGUGACCAUGAGCUCCGUAAUAUGAAAGCGGGUGAAGUUGUACAGCUGGAGCGUCGUGGGUACUUUCGUGUGGAUGUGCCAUACAUUUCUGAUGACAAACCAAUUGUUAUGUUUAUGGUGCCUGAUGGUAAAGUGAAGGCCAUGUCGACUCUAUCAACCAAGCUUGCUCAUCGAUAA